AUUCAUUUUUUAUUGCAGAAAAAUGGCGACUAUCCCAGUCCGGAUAGAACCCCCUGGGGAGAAUACUGUUAUAGAGGUUACAUAUGACGGCCAAGAGAUCACACAGCCUCCGCUCUCCAUGUCGGAGAAUCUAUCUAAGCAGGCGAGGAAGAUAGAUUUCUCCCAGGAGGCGGAGAUGGAGGUUGAGGAGGAGGAGGAGGAGGAGCAGGAGGACGAGGAAAUGAAAUCAUUUAAUCAACCUGUUUGGCCCUGGGAAUCUGUUAGAAACCAGCUGCGUGAUGCUUUAACAGAAUUUUGUGUAGCCUCAGAUGUUUUAACAAUAGCAACUAAGGAGUGUGGGAAGGAUCAAGGUGGUAAUCCUAAACGUUAUAUGGUCCUGGAUGGUCCAGUGCAGGGAGAGCAGACGGAGCAGAAACCCUUCGUUCAGCUCCUCGCGAUGAAGAAGUCCUUGGAGGUUCCAAGUAAGAUCCUCAUCCAGGGCGCGGAGCAUCUGAAAAACCUUCAAAAUGAGACGAAAGGGGUUCGAGCUCCGGAGGAUUUUCAUAUUGAACUCCUCCGGCUCCGUCAGAACUGGAGACUAAAGAAGGUUGGUAACUCUAUCCUAGGUGAUCUUAGUUACAGAACUGCAGGAAGUCAGUUUAAACAGUCCGGAGUAUUCGAAGUUACAAAAGCAGACGAUAAUUUAGACUCUCAACCCCAGCCGGUACACGGGAAAUUCCCGUCAGCUCUGAAAGUGACAGUGCCAAGUGAACUAGAAGGUAUAGCGUAUAUACAAGUGAUGAUUCAGAGAGACAAUGAACAAUUGGUUUCCGCAACCCUAGGACAGUUCUCCGGAGUAGCACACAACUCUACAGAUAUGCACUGGAAAAAUAAACUUGAAGCUGCGCAGAAUGUUUUGUUCUGUAAAGAGCUGUUCAGUCAACUUGCUAGAGAAGCUGUCCAGCUUCAAGCUCCGAUACCUCACAUGGUUGUUGGUUCCCAGAUCAUUGCUAGCGUGUUCCCGGAUAUUCAGCUUACUAUCUCUCUCUGCCACUCAACAGCAGGGGAAGGGAAGAAGAACAGUGGAACAACUCCACCUUCUAGGAACGAUCAUAGUGAUGUUCUAGAACAUUCACUGUUCCAGCUUCUCCGUAAAGUUCAAGCUUCCAAUAUUAAUCCCGACGGACCAAGUCUAAGUUCGGCGCCUAUUGGUAUACCUCGGAAACGGCGGGCAGCGGGACCAGAAUCGGCGGACCGACAUUCUCUCUUGGAAAUGACGAGCACUGAAACUUUGUUAGAGCAGAUCGUCCGACAGGCUCAGCAUGUCGUCCUAAGACUGCGAACCAUAUUCGUCCUGGACACGUUGGCUCGGGAGUUUAAGGAUCCUCUGAUCACAUCUCACUGGUCUACUCUCAGUUCUCCAACCUGUAGCAGUGUCAAGGUGAGUAUAGUGAGUGCUGGAUAUGAUACAAUAAAUAAAACCCAGCUUGUGAUUCAUGUAGGGGAGAAGAUGCAACGUGUUAUCUGCAAGGACGGACGGGUUCUCAACUUCAGUUACGAACCUCAAGAACUCAGAGACUUUAUUCUCUGUCAGCUUGCUCAACAUCAGAUAUCCGGGGUUCAGAACCUGGCCAAGGUGAUGGGUUGGCAGGUUCUAAGUUCUUCUAGUUUCCUAGGAGGUGGAGCAGUGGAACCCUUUGGUUCUGCUGCAGGGUGUAUGCUAGGAAACAGUAGAGGAACCAGGUUCCUAGCGGUCAGACACAGUCCCCAGUCUAAUUACAGUGUUUAUAUGGGCCAGGCACCAGCAGGAGAACAGCAUAGUUCUAUUGUACAGGAUAACAAGUGGGAAAACCUUCCUUCUCCGUUCAAGGAAGUUAAACUGGACAAGAUGGAUGGGAAGAACCUUCUUGGCAAGUUGGAACUAUUGAUGGCUGCUCUGUCAACAUCAUGACCUGUGAUCCCUCAAACAAGAAAACCUAAGAAGUAUUUGUGAAGUCUCUCUCCAACCCUAGACAGUAUACAGUGACCUGAGGAGAGAGAACGGAUUAAAACUGAACCAAGAUCAUAGAACAAUAUUUCUGAAACAUCCAGAUUUUAUGUUAACUUAUUAUGUUUGAACUUUGAACCAAAAGAAAGAUCCGCUUUGAAUAUAAAUUAUUGAUAUUUGAUAUUUUGCAGA